GGCGCCCGGCCGCUGAGCGCGCGCCCUUUCGGAUGCAAACGCCCGCGUCGCGGGCGCCGGACGCCGCCGGGAAGGCAGCGAGGCCCCAGGUACCUGUUACACCAUUCUUUGGCGAAGGUUAUUUAGCAGUGGUGACCACUCCCAAUCGAACACUCUACAAAUUAUUAUCUCUGGACUCCCAGCUGACACCCUGCCGGAGGCAAGAGCCACUAAGCCAACUGGAACUGUGCCUUUUCUCUUGUCAAGGUUUUUUUCUUACACAGGAAAAAGAAAGAAAAAAAAAGAUGAAGUUGGGCAAAGUGGAGUUCUGCCAUUUUCUUCAGCUAAUAGCUCUCUUCCUGUGUUUCUCUGGGAUAAGUCAAGCAGAACUCUCAAGGUCCAGAUCAAAGCCCUAUUUCCAAUCAGGGAGGUCCCGGACCAAGCGCAGCUGGGUGUGGAAUCAGUUCUUUGUGCUGGAGGAAUACAUGGGUUCAGACCCCCUCUAUGUAGGAAAGCUUCACUCUGAUGUUGAUAAAGGAGAUGGUUCCAUCAAAUACAUCUUGUCAGGCGAAGGGGCAAGUUCCAUUUUCAUUAUUGAUGAGAACACUGGGGAUAUUCAUGCCACCAAGAGGCUGGAUCGCGAGGAGCAGGCCUACUACACGCUGCGAGCCCAGGCGCUGGACAGGCUCACCAACAAGCCCGUGGAGCCCGAGUCCGAGUUCGUCAUCAAGAUUCAGGAUAUCAAUGACAAUGAACCCAAAUUCUUGGAUGGUCCGUACACUGCGGGAGUUCCCGAAAUGUCUCCUGUGGGGACCUCAGUGGUACAAGUGACAGCAACAGAUGCUGACGAUCCUACAUAUGGCAACAGUGCUCGAGUGGUCUACAGUAUUCUGCAGGGACAGCCGUACUUCUCAGUGGAACCUAAGACAGGAGUCAUCAAGACCGCCCUUCCAAACAUGGAUAGAGAGGCUAAAGACCAGUAUUUGCUUGUUAUUCAGGCAAAGGAUAUGGUUGGUCAAAACGGAGGACUCUCAGGAACCACGUCAGUUACCGUGACCCUAACCGAUGUCAACGAUAACCCGCCUCGCUUUCCUCGAAGGUCUUACCAAUAUAACGUCCCAGAAUCAUUGCCAGUGGCCUCAGUUGUGGCCAGAAUUAAAGCUGCUGAUGCAGAUAUAGGAGCUAAUGCUGAAAUGGAGUACAAAAUUGUGGAUGGUGAUGGAUUAGGCAUUUUCAAGAUUUCUGUUGACAAAGAUACACAGGAAGGAAUCAUUACUAUACAGAAGGACCUGGAUUUUGAAGCCAAAACAAGUUACACACUACGAAUAGAAGCUGCAAACAAAGAUGCCGACCCUCGCUUUCUGAGCUUGGGGCCGUUCAGUGACACGACAACCGUGAAGAUAAUUGUGGAAGAUGUGGACGAGCCCCCCGUAUUUUCCUCCCCGUUGUACCCCAUGGAAGUGUCAGAAGCUACCCAAGUUGGGAAUAUCAUUGGCACUGUAGCAGCUCAUGACCCAGAUUCCUCCAACAGUCCUGUGAGGUAUUCAAUUGACAGAAACACAGACUUGGAGAGAUACUUCAAUAUUGAUGCCAACAGUGGAGUUAUUACGACCGCCAAAUCUUUGGAUCGGGAGACAAAUGCUGUUCAUAAUAUCACAGUCCUUGCAAUGGAGAGUCAGAAUCCAUCUCAAGUAGGAAGAGGCUAUGUCGCCAUCACUAUCCUCGAUAUCAAUGACAAUGCCCCUGAAUUUGCCAUGGACUAUGAAACCACCGUCUGUGAAAAUGCCCAGCCAGGGCAGGUUAUCCAGAAAAUCAGUGCUGUUGAUAAAGAUGAGCCAUCCAAUGGACACCAGUUUUAUUUCAGCUUAACGACUGAUGCAACAAAUAACCACAACUUUUCACUGAACGAUAACAAAGACAACACAGCCUCGAUUCUCACCAGGAGAAAUGGCUUUCGGAGACAGGAGCAAUCUGUUUACUAUCUGCCAAUCUUCAUCGUGGACAGUGGAUCACCUUCACUCAGCAGCACCAACACCCUCACCAUCCGUGUCUGUGACUGCGAUGCAGAUGGGAUAGCCCAGACCUGCAAUGCCGAGGCUUACGUCCUACCUGCUGGCCUCAGUACGGGAGCCCUGAUCGCAAUACUUGCCUGUGUCUUGACAUUACUGGUGUUGAUCCUCCUGAUUGUCACUAUGAGAAGACGGAAAAAAGAGCCCCUCAUUUUUGAUGAAGAGAGAGAUAUCCGAGAAAAUAUUGUUAGAUAUGAUGACGAGGGUGGGGGAGAGGAAGACACAGAAGCUUUCGACAUGGCCGCGCUGAGAAACCUCAACGUCAUCAGAGAUACCAAGACUCGGAGGGAUGUGACUCCAGAAAUUCAGUUCUUGAGUCGACCGACUUUUAAAAGCAUCCCUGAUAAUGUCAUUUUUCGGGAAUUUAUUUGGGAAAGACUGAAAGAAGCCGAUGUUGAUCCCUGCGCUCCCCCUUAUGAUUCCUUGCAGACAUACGCAUUUGAAGGGAACGGCUCAGUAGCUGAAUCACUCAGCUCCUUAGAUUCCAUCAGCUCAAACUCUGAUCAGAAUUAUGACUACCUAAGUGACUGGGGACCUCGUUUUAAACGACUUGCAGACAUGUAUGGAACUGGCCAGGAAAGUUUGUACUCAUAGCCCUGGAGCCUUAAUUUGAAAUGUACUGAAGGAAAAGUAAAAGCAAAAAAAACCCACUACAUAUGGAAAACAAGAACUCCACUUGCUAGAGAAAAUGGUUGUAAAUAUGUCUCCAUUUUUACUUGUUUAGGUUUCUGUCUUGGUGAAGCAUAUCUUCAUUAGACUUGUCCAAGGGACUGCACUGACCACAGACUCUGAGCAUUUGAAGGCUUUUUGAUAAAAAGAAAUGCUCAGUGGUUUGUGAAUAGAUAGCAACUAUCAGAUACCUGCAAAGGCACCUAACCUCUAUGAGUAAGUAGUGCCCUGUGCUGUCAGUGAAACAAGGAUGCCCUGUACAUACCUUCAUGGUACUGCCAGUGAAAGGAAUAGAACACCAUGUGCCAUUGAAAAGUUCUGGAACUUCUCACAUAUCAAAACUUGGGACAAAUUUAAUUUACAGUGAUGCUUUUAGCUUGCUAGAUCAUAGAAUCCAGCAGACUUUUAUUGCUGUUGGUUAGCAAAUAUAUUUUAUUUAGCAAUAUAUAAAUUCUUAGAAAGUCCUCCCCAGUCCUCCAAUGCAAGCCAUUAAAAUUUGGUUUAAGGCAACAUAAACUGUUGUUUAGGAAAUAAAUUAUGAAGUGUUCCAAAUAAGAAAAAGGUAAAUCAUUCUUAAAGUUUGCAGUCGUUUUGAGAUGCUUGCGUAGGUAUGAAAAAAGUUGCUGUCUAUUCGUUGACUUUUAUUGUCUCUUCUGAUUUGUACAGGAGAAUACCUUUCCUUUUUUUAUUUGACACAUGGUGUUAUCGUUAUUUUGGAGCUCCAAUCUCCACUAAAUUCAGGUGCAUCUUACUGCCUCAUAGUAUUAAGCUCAUCAGAACAUGCUGAUUUUUCUUCAGUCUGAGCUACACAAAGGAAAUGAAGCAUGGAAAUGGAAAAAAAAAUAGUACAGCAAUUGAGCCCUGUUGCAGUUCACAUCUCAGAGAGGAGCAGAGCUACAAGAACAAAUAAGUUAUUCGUCUGAGCCAUUAGAACGUACAAAACAUUGGAAUAAAAUAUUUAUAUUUUAGAAAGAAGAUUUCAGAGAGAAUUGAGAUUUUCUUUGAAGCAAGAUUUAUUUUUCAA